UGUUGUUGAGCAAUUCAAAUUGUUGUGGUUUGUGUAUUGGUGGCUAUGGCAAUUUCGGCUGGAUAUCCUGGAAGACAUUGGAGAGGCCAAAUUCAAUAAGGGCCAUAUUUAUUAGAAUUUAAAGAAGCCUGUAAAACAUGGAGGACAUGAAAGUGAUUGAUGGCUCAAUCAUGGAAGGGGGUGGGCAGGUGCUGCGGAUGGCAGUGUCUUUGAGCUGUCUGCUAGAGAAGCCCAUCAAGAUCACCAACAUCAGGGGAGGCAGAUCGAAGCCAGGACUGAAGGGUCAGCAUUUGGCAGGUUUGCGGCUGGUGUCGGAAAUGUGCUCCGGUCGGCUGACUGGAGACGCCAUCGAUUCGACGGAGAUCACGUUCCGCCCGGGCCGGGUCACGGGGGGCAGCUACUCGGCCGAGACAGGCACCGCUGGGAGUGUCGGCCUCCUGCUCCAGGUCAGUCUGCCGUGCGCCAUGUUCGCCUCAGCGCCGACGCGUCUGACGCUGCGCGGCGGCACAAACGCCGCCUUUGCGCCACAGAUCGACUACACGCUGAAUGUGUUCCGUCCGCUGCUGGAGCGUUUCGGCGGCAAUCUGCAGUGUGACGUGAGGCGCAGGGGCUAUUUUCCGCGCGGCGGCGGCCUGGUCGAGGCCUCGGUCAGCCCCGUCACCCAGCUGCGCCCCCUCGAGCUGCUGGAUCAGGGACGGCUGGUCGGCGUCACUGGAGCAGCCUUCGUCGCCGGAAAGCUGCCGCUGAGGGUGGCGGAGAGCGUGGCGGCGGCGGCGCGGCGCCGGCUGCGGGCCGCGCUGCCCUCCGUGCCGGUGCGGGUGGAGGCCGUGCGGGACCCGGAGGGCGCCGGCCCGGCCUCUGGCCUGAACCUGGUGGCCGAGACGGACACGGGCUGUCGGCUGGGCGGCUCGGCGCUGGGCGGCCGCGGCGCCACCGAUGACCAGGUGGCCGCCACGGCCACCGAUGAGCUGCUGCGAGCCGUCUCCGCCGGCGCCUGCGUCGACCAGUACUGCCAGGACCAGGUACCGUGGGAUGCUCGGAUGGGGGAGGGUGAUGCUGUCCUCGGCUGUCCACUACUGUCCGCAGUGUCCGCCGGCUCACUCUUCGGACUCGCGGACAGAGAGCGUGCCAGCUGA